UAGACACCCCCCCCCCAGGGCUGGGAUAGAACCCAGGAGUCCUGGCUCCUAGCACUCUCCCAGAGCUGGGGAAUCCAGGCUGUAAGUGCCCCUUACUCUAACCACGAGACCUCCCCUGAGUUCUUGGAUAGCAUUUUUCACAGGUAAAACCGGGAGUCUGAACUCCCAGCUUCACUCCCAAGCCCUCCUGUCUAGCUGAGACUAGUACCCAAACUAGUCCUGUUCCCCUCCCCCUUUCCAAGCUACUAAUAGGCCCAAGCAGCCAGACUCCUAACACAUCCCUUUCCCCCUAGGCUGGCACAGAACCCAGGAGUCCUGGCGGCUAGUCAUGCAAUCCUAGUCUAGACUCACCUAUGUGGUUUCCAUGCUAACCCUGUUUUUUGUGUCCUUUCUUCCUCAGAUUGGCUCCAAUCUUUAGCCCCUGAGGCAAGACUCUAGCGUGUGACCAGUCCCAGGACAGGCCUGCGCCAAGCCUGUUGGCAUGGCCCUGCUCACCAUGUCCUGGUGCCAGUGACUCCCGUGGUGCCCUUUUCCAUGGCUAGAGAGGCCAAGUGGCACAGACAGGCCAGCCAGCCUGCCCUAAGCCAGAGCCUUUGCCCUGUAAAGGAACCAUUGAGCCUGGGCCCUUUCCAGUUCAGCCAAGAGAACUCUCCAACAGCCUGAGCCAUUUUGCAAGAACUUGAGCAGGCACUGCCACUCCAUUUCCCCCUUCCUCAAUACAGGAGCUGGGGGCUCAGCUCCCUCCAGACACCAGUGCGUGGCCUCCCAGGGCACCUGUGCCAUGAUGAGUAGUACGGGGCCUUUCCUGCAAUGGGCCCAGGAGGUGGCUGCGCUGCUGCUGCUGCGAGUGCGGCGCACGGUGCUGCAGACAGCUAUCUUGCUCUGCGUGCUGUUGCUGCUGCUCUGGAUCGCUGUCUUCCUCUAUGGCAGCUUCUACUACUCCUACAUGCCCACCGUCAGCUAUGUCAGCCCUGUGCACUACACCUUCAGGACAGAUUGUGGCUCGCCAGGCCCUGAUCUCUGUUCCUUCCCUAUUGCCAACAUCUCGCUGGUCAAAAACAACCGGGACAGGGUGCUGAUGUAUGGGCAGCCUUACCGCAUUUCCCUGGAACUGGAGCUGCCUGAGUCGCCUGUGAACCAGGAGCUGGGCAUGUUCAUGGUGGUGAUGUCCUGCUACACCAAGGGUGGACGCAUUGUCUCCUCUACAACCAGAUCGACCAUGCUGCAUUACCGCUCAGGCCUGCUCCAGACCCUGGAUACCCUGGUCUUUGCUGGGCUCUUCUUCUUGGGCUUUGCUGAGCAGAAGCAGAUGGUUGAGGUGGAGCUGUACUCGGACUACAGGGAGGACUCGUAUGUCCCAACUGUUGGAGCCGUGAUAGAAAUCCAGACCAAGCGGAUCCAGAUCUAUGGGGCACAGCUGCGGAUCCAUGCCCACUUCACAGGCCUGCGAUACCUGCUCUAUAAUUUCCCAGUGACCUCGGCCAUCCUGGGUGUGGCCAGUAACUUCACCUUCCUCAGCGUUAUCGUCUUCCUCAGCUACCUGCAGUGGAUCUGGGGCAGCAUGUGGCCCCGGGAGCCCCUCUUGGUACAGGUGAACACGAGGGAUGGGGCCAGCCUGCAGCAACGGCGGGAGGAGGCACGACGGCGCAUGGCGACCCCCAGGCCAGCAGAAGACCAAGAGGAGCUGACAACACUGCAGCCUGAGGCCAUGGGGCUGGGCAAGGAUGACCAGGAGAGGGUUCCUGAGGGAUCAGCUUCUCCCCCACAGCUACCAGGUGAGGUUCUGGAGACAAUUGGCCCCACAGGGGACACAGCCCAGGCUAAGGAGCUGGAUCUGAGUGAAGAGACUGAGUUCGAGUCCGUGGAUGAGUCCUCCCUGUUCACGGAUGCCAGCUUCCCACCCCCUGCAGGGACACUCCUAACACUACCACAGCCGGGAGAGGGGGCUGAGGCCAUCGCAGGGGCUGAGAUCCGUCAGAGACACAUCUGCUCCAGCUCCUAAGGGCAGCAUGGCCUCUUCCACCCCACCCCACCCCCUAAAAAAAAACAACAAAAAAACACUGACCUUGUUUUCCAGGCUCCCAGCUCAUGUUUACAUUCCAGCCCCCCGGCCCCUCACUUGGAACUGCUGUAAUUUUAAUAAACCACCUGCUAACAGA